GCCAAUUCUCCUGCCUGAGCCUCGGCCCAACAAAAUGGCGGCGGCAGCAGUGUCGCUUUGUUUCAGUGGCUCCUGCAGCGGUGGCAGUGGUGGCAGCUGUUGAGCUGUGGGAAGAUUUCUGCACCAGCUCCAGUGACUUUUAAGAUUCCUGUCCAUUUCUGUCGGGAUUGGGCGCCGGGAGUGGGGGACGGCGGCAUCCAAGAGUUGCCGAAGCUGACCAGGCGUUCCAGCAAAAACAUGACCGCUGAGUCCAUGAGUGAAAGCAAGUUGAACACAUUGGUGCAGAAGCUUCAUGACUUCUUGGCACACUCAUCAGAAGAAUCUGAGGAAACUUGUUCUUCUCCACAAUUUGCAAUGAACCAAAGCACAGAUAAAAGUAGUGGUUCUGGAAGUAACUCUGAUAUGAUGGAAAAUAGCAAGGAAGAGGGAACUAGCUCCUCAGAAAAGUCCAGAUCUUUAGGAUCAUCACGAUCAAAGAGGAAACCUUCAAUUGUAACAAAGUAUAUAGAAUCUGAUGAUGAAAAACCUUUGAAUGAAAAUGCAAAUGAAGAAGGUUCCAAUGAAAAUUCAGAAAAUAUUACUAUGCAAAGCUUGCCAAAAGGUACAGUGAUUGUACAACCAGAGCCAGUGCUGAAUGAAGACAAAGAUGAUUUUAAAGGGCCUGAAUUUAGAAGCAGAAGUAAAAUGAAAACUGAAAAUCUCAAAAAACGCGGAGAAGAUGGGCUUCAUGGGAUCGUGAGCUGUACAGCUUGUGGACAACAGGUCAAUCAUUUUCAAAAAGAUUCCAUUUAUAGACACCCUUCAUUGAAAGUCCUUAUUUGUAAGAAUUGCUUUAAGUAUUACAUGAGUGAUGAUAUUAGUCGUGACUCAGAUGGAAUGGAUGAACAAUGUAGAUGGUGUGCAGAAGGUGGAAACUUGAUUUGUUGCGACUUUUGCCAUAAUGCCUUCUGUAAGAAAUGCAUCCUGCGCAACCUUGGUCGAAAGGAGUUAUCUGCAAUAUUGGAUGAAAACAAUCAGUGGUAUUGCUACAUUUGUCACCCAGAGCCUCUAUUGGACUUGGUUACUGCAUGUAACAGCGUAUUUGAGAAUUUAGAACAGUUGUUACAGCAAAAUAAGAAGAAGAUAAAAAUUGAUAAUGAAAAGAGUAAUAAAGUGUGUGAUCAUACAUCCAAAUUUUUUCCAAAGAAGAACAGUUCCACUUGUAAUGGAGAAGAUAAAAAAUUAGAUGAUACAUGUUCUGGUUCUAUAACCUACUCUUAUACAGCACUAAUUGUGCCCAAAGAGAUGAUUAAGAAGGCAAAAAAGCUGAUUGAGACCACUGCCAACAUGAACUCCAGUUAUAUUAAAUUUUUGAAGCAAAUAGCAGAAAAUUCAGACGUCACUUCUGCUAUAAAAUUCCGUCAACUUAAGGCUUUUAAAUCUGUUUUGGCUGAUAUUAAGAAGGCUCAUCUUGCAUUAGAAGAAGAUUUGAAUUUGGAGAUACGAGCUUUGGAUGCUGUGCACAAAGAGAAAAAUACCAAAGAGCAUAAAAUUACAGAUGCUAAGUCUGAAACAAAAGUACGAAAGGGGGAUAAAAUCUGUACUGUGGAAAAGAAAGAAUAUUUAAAGUUAGAAGCUAAGCCAUCAAGAAAACGGACAGAUAGUGAACACAUAGAUCAGAGUGUCCCUACAGAGGAUCAAAAAGCAAAUAAAAAUCCUAGUGCUGAACAUAGGAAACUGGAUAGUAAAGAACAUCAGUAUGAACCUGCUAACACUUCAGAAGAUUUAGACAUGGAUAUUGUGUCUGUUCCUUCCUCAGUUCCAGAAGAUAUUUUUGGGAAUCUUGAGACUGCUAUGGAAGUUCAAAGUUCAGCUGAUUAUCAAGGAAAUGGCCACAGUGGGACAGAGCAAGAACUGGAGCGUUCAUCUGCAAAAUUAAAUAUCCCUUGCAAAGACAGCCGAGGAGGUAUUAAGUCAAAACUUACUGCUAAAGUAAGAAAAGAAUUAUUUGUUAAACUCACCCCUGUUUCCCUUUGUAAUUCCCCAAUUAAAAGUGCUGAUUGUCAGGAAGUUCCACAAGAGAAAGAUGGCUCUAAAAAUUCUGGUAUGAACAAGUCAGAGAAAUGUGGACCUGGACAGGAAAAUAGUGAUAAUGAGCAUUUGCUUGAAAACGAUGUCCCAUUACUUUCAGAAGAAUCUGAUCUCCGAAGAUCCCCACGUGUAAAGACUACCCCCUUGAGGCGACAGGCAGAAACUAACCCUACAACAUCAAAUUCAGAAGAAGAAAGUAAUGAAACAGGUAAAAUAAGAAAAAAGGAUAAGCGAAAUUCUUGUGACAGUACUCUAGGUAAUCCUAAGCCUAAUAAAUUGCCAAAAUCGAAGAAACCAGAGAUUGUAGAUCAAAAUUCAGAGUCUGAUGAAAUGCUAGCUGCUCUCAAAGGGGUAAACCAGGUAAAUCAAGGCUCUUCUUCAGAUACUGACAUUAAUGACACUCAUAUAAACCAUGAGACAUAUGAUUUAAAGACUCCAACAGGGAAAGAUGAAAAAGGAAAAAGGAAACGGAAAAAUUCUACUUCUGGCUCAGAUUUUGAUAGUAAAGAAGGAAAAUUGAUUAAAAGCUCUAUAAUCUCUAAAAAGAAGCGUCAAAACUCAGAGUCUUCUAAUUAUGACUCAGAAUUAGAAAAAGAGAUAAAAAGCAUGAGUAAAAUUGGGGCUAACAAAGCAAACAGACACAGAGUUUCAGAUAAAAAGAACUCUGACUCAUCUGAAGAUGAAAAGGUUAGCACAAAAGGAGUGGGUAAUCAAGAUCAAGAAAGUUUGAAGACUGCACCGGAAGGGUGUUCUGAUGCUGAAAGGAAACAAGUGAGAGAGUCUCUCUCUCCAGUAGAUUUUAUAGUUGAGAAUGAUAAGAGUGGGGUGGAACGGAGAGAGAGACUUUCCAAGAGGCAACAGCUCAAUGCUUCCUCUGUUGUUGCUGAGAAGACUUCUGGGAGAGGGGAGAAUAUAAAUUCUCCUGAAGACAAAAGAGUUGCUAAAUCUAAAGAAAAGAGUAAGCACCUGAAAACCAAAACAUGUAAAAAAGGUGGCUUAUCUGAUGCUAACGGUGAGUCCUCAAAGAAAGAGCAGAGUGAUGAAUCUUCUGAAGAUGAGAAAAAGCAGAUCAUAAAGGAAACUGAAGACAGGGAAAAAAUUACAGACUUGAGUACAGAAGGGAAGAUGGAGCCACAAUAUGAGUCUUCAUCUGAUGGCACUGAGAAGUUACUUGAUGGAGAAGAAAUUGUUCAUUUUCCUGAAGGCAUAGAACAAAGUAAGAAUGAAACAAUGGAUGGAGAAAAGAAAGAUAUAAGAGUAAAAGAUAAAGUAUCUACAAGGAAAAAUGAAUUAUUUGAUAAUGUUGAUAAUUUGACAGGAAAAGGAGAUAGUUGUGACUCUUCAGAAGAUAAAAAGAGUAAGAAUAGAACAUACAGUAGAGAAAAGAAAAAAUGUAACUCAUCUGAAAAGAGUUCAAGGAAGAGACAGGAAUGUUCAUCAUCUGAUACUGAGAAAUAUUCCUUGAAGGAAGAUGGUUUUGACUCUUCUGAUAAGAGAUUGAAAAGAAUUGAAUUGAGAGAAAGAAGAAAUCUAAAUUCAAAGAGAAAUACUAAGCAGAUACAAAAUGGUUCAUCAUCAUCUGAUACUGAGGAAAGUUCUGAAGAUAACAAAAAGCAGAAUAAACAAGGAACUUCAGCUAAAAAGAAGGCAAGCUGUACCAAGGAGAAAAAGAGAAACUCCCUAAGAACAAGCACGAAUAAAAGGAAGCAAGCCGACAUUUCUUCUUCAUCUUCUGAUAUAGGAGAUGAUGAUCAGAAUUCUGUAGGCGAAGGGAGCAGUGAUGAGCAGAAAAUAAUGCCUGUGACUGAAAAUUUAGUGCUGUCUUCGCAUACUGGAUUUUGUCAAUCUUCAGGAGAUGAAGCCUUAUCUAAAUCAGUGCCUGUCACAGUGGAUGAUGAUGACGACGACAAUGAUCCUGAGAAUAGAAUUGCCAAGAAGAUGCUUUUAGAAGAAAUUAAAGCCAAUCUUUCCUCUGAUGAGGAUGGAUCUUCAGAUGAUGAACCAGAAGAAGGGAAAAAAAGAACUGGAAAACUAAAUGAAGAAACCCCUGGAGAUGAGGAAAGUAAAAAUCAAGUCAAUUCUGAAUCUGAUUCAGAUUCUGAAGAGUCUAAGAAGCCAAGAUACAGACACAGGCUUUUGAGGCACAAACUAACUGUGAGUGAUGGUGAAUCUGGCGAAGAAAAGAAGACAAAGCCUAAAGACCACAAAGAAACUAAGAUCAAAAAUAGAAGGAAGGUGAAUUGUGAAGAUUCAGAAGAUUCUGAUUUUCAAGAAUCAGGAGUUAGCGAAGAAGUCAGUGAAUCUGAAGAUGAACAGCGGCCUAGAACAAGGUCUGCAAAAAAAGCAGAAUUAGAAGAAAAUCAGCGAAGUUAUAAACAGAAAAAGAAAAGACGACGCAUUAAGGUUCAAGAGGAUUCAUCUAGUGAAAAUAAGAGCAAUUCUGAAGCAGAAGGAAAAGAGCAAGAGGAGGAGGAGGAGGAAGAAGAGGAAGAAGAUGAAAAUGAUGAUUCAAAAUCUCCUGGAAAAGGCAGAAAGAAAAUUCGGAAGAUUCUUAAAGAUGAUAAGUUAAGAACAGAAACACAAAAUGCCCUUAAGGAAGAGGAAGAGCGACGAAAACGUAUUGCAGAGAGGGAGCGUGAGAGAGAGAAAUUGAGAGAGGUGAUAGAAAUUGAAGAUGCUUCACCCACCAAGUGUCCAAUAACAACUAAAUUGGUUUUAGAUGAAGAUGAAGAAACCAAAGAACCUUUAGUGCAGGUUCACAGAAAUAUGGUUAUAAAGUUGAAACCUCAUCAAGUGGAUGGGGUUCAGUUUAUGUGGGAUUGCUGCUGUGAGUCUGUAAAAAAGACAAAGAAAUCUCCAGGUUCAGGAUGUAUUCUUGCCCAUUGCAUGGGACUUGGCAAGACUUUACAGGUGGUUAGUUUUCUUCACACAGUUCUUUUGUGUGACAAAUUGGAUUUUAGUACAGCCUUAGUGGUUUGUCCUCUUAAUACUGCUUUGAAUUGGAUGAAUGAAUUUGAGAAGUGGCAAGAAGGAUUAGAAGAUGAUGAAAAGCUUGAGGUCUCUGAAUUAGCAACUGUGAAACGCCCUCAAGAAAGAAGCUAUAUGCUACAGAGGUGGCAAGAAGAUGGAGGUGUUAUGAUCAUUGGGUAUGAGAUGUACAGAAAUCUUGCUCAAGGAAGGAAUGUGAAGAGUCGAAAGCUUAAAGAAAUAUUCAAUAAAGCUUUAGUUGAUCCAGGUCCUGAUUUUGUUGUCUGUGAUGAAGGCCAUAUUCUGAAAAAUGAAGCAUCUGCUGUCUCAAAAGCUAUGAAUUCUAUACGAUCAAGGAGAAGGAUUGUUUUAACAGGAACACCACUUCAAAAUAACCUAAUUGAGUAUCAUUGCAUGGUUAAUUUUAUCAAGGAAAAUUUGCUGGGAUCCAUUAAGGAGUUCAGGAAUAGAUUUAUAAAUCCAAUCCAAAAUGGUCAGUGUGCAGAUUCUACCAUGGUAGAUGUGAGAGUGAUGAAAAAACGUGCUCAUAUUCUCUAUGAGAUGUUAGCCGGAUGUGUUCAGAGGAAAGAUUAUACAGCAUUAACAAAGUUCUUGCCUCCAAAACAUGAAUAUGUGUUAGCUGUGAGAAUGACUGGUAUUCAGUGCAAGCUCUAUCAGUACUACUUAGAUCAUUUAACAGGUGUAGGUAAUAGCAGUGAAGGUGGGAGAGGAAAGGCAGGUGCAAAGCUGUUUCAAGAUUUUCAGAUGUUAAGUAGAAUCUGGACUCAUCCUUGGUGUUUGCAGCUGGACUACAUUAGCAAAGAAAAUAAGGGUUAUUUUGAUGAAGAUAGUAUGGAUGAAUUCAUAGCUUCAGAUUCUGAUGAAACCUCCAUGAGUUUAAGUUCAGAUGAGUAUGCAAAAAAGAAGAAAACAAAGGGGAAAAAGGGGAAAAAGGAUAGUAGUUCAAGUGGAAGUGGUAGUGACAAUGAUGUUGAAGUGAUCAAAGUUUGGAAUUCAAGAUCUCGAGGAGGUGGUGAAGGAAACAUGGAUGAAACAGGAAAUAUUCCUUCAGCUUCAAUAAAGCUGGAAGAAAGUAAAACUACUUCCACUUCAAACCCAAGCAGCCCAGCUCCAGACUGGUACAAAGAUUUUGUUACAGAUGCUGAUGCUGAGGUAUUAGAGCAUUCUGGAAAGAUGGUACUUCUAUUUGAAAUUCUUCGAAUGGCUGAAGAAAUUGGGGAUAAAGUUCUUGUUUUUAGCCAGUCUCUCAUAUCUCUGGACUUGAUUGAAGACUUUCUUGAAUUGGCUAGUAGAGAGAAAACAGAAGAUAAAGAUAAACCUCUUAUUUAUAAAGGUGAAGGAAAGUGGUUCCGAAAUAUUGACUAUUACCGUUUAGAUGGUUCUACUACUGCACAGUCAAGGAAGAAGUGGGCUGAAGAAUUUAAUGAUGAAACUAAUGUGAGAGGUCGAUUGUUUAUCAUUUCCACCAAAGCAGGAUCUCUUGGAAUUAAUUUGGUUGCUGCUAAUCGAGUAAUCAUAUUUGAUGCUUCUUGGAAUCCAUCUUAUGACAUCCAGAGUAUAUUCAGAGUUUAUCGCUUUGGACAAACUAAACCUGUUUAUGUAUAUAGGUUCUUAGCUCAGGGAACCAUGGAAGACAAGAUUUAUGAUCGUCAAGUGACUAAGCAAUCACUAUCUUUUCGAGUUGUUGAUCAGCAGCAAGUUGAGCGUCAUUUUACCAUGAAUGAGCUUACUGAACUUUAUACUUUUGAGCCAGACUUAUUAGAUGACCCUAAUUCAGAAAAGAAGAAGAAAAGGGACACCCCUAUGCUGCCAAAGGAUACCAUACUUGCAGAACUCCUUCAGAUACAUAAAGAACACAUCGUAGGAUAUCAUGAACAUGAUUCUCUUUUGGACCACAAAGAAGAAGAAGAGUUGACUGAAGAAGAAAGGAAAGCAGCUUGGGCUGAGUAUGAAGCAGAAAAGAAGGGACUGACCAUGCGUUUCAGCAUACCAACUGGGACCACUAUACCUCCUGUCACUUUCAACUCUCAAACUCCUUAUAUUCCUUUCAAUUUGGGAGCCCUGUCAGCAAUGAGUAAUCAACAGCUGGAGGACCUUAUUAAUCAAGGAAGAGAAAAAGUUGUAGAAGCAACAAACAAUGUGACAGCAGUGAGGAUUCAGCCUCUUGAAGAUAUCAUUUCAGCUGUAUGGAAAGAAAACAUGAAUCUCUCAGAAGCCCAAGUACAGGCACUAGCAUUAAGUAGACAAGCCAGCCAGGAGCUUGAUGUUAAGCGAAGAGAAGCAAUCUACAAUGAUGUACUGACAAAACAGCAGAUGCUAAUCAGCUGUGUUCAGCGAAUACUUAUGAACAGGAGGCUCCAACAGCAAUACAAUCAGCAGCAACAGCAACAAAUGACUUAUCAGCAAGCAACACUGAGUCACCUCAUGCUGCCAAAGCCUCCGAAUUUAAUCAUGACUCCUCCUAACUACCAGCAGAUUGAUAUGAGAGGAAUGUAUCAGUCAGUGGCUGGUGGUAUGCAGCCACCACCAUUACAGCGUGCACCACCCCCAAUGAGAAGCAAAAAUCCAGGACCUUCCCCAGGGAAAUCAAUGUGAUUUUGCACUUAGAGCUUAAAGGAUUAUUAAAAUCAUAGAAAUAUCUUUUAUUUUUUUAGGAAUCAAUGACUUAACAGAACUCAACUGUAUAAAUAGUUUGGUCCCCUUAAAUGCCAAUCUUCCAUAUUAGUUUUAAAUUUUUUUAAAUAGGGCAUACCAUUUCUCCCUGACAUUUGUCAGUGAUGUUGCCUAGAAUCUUCUUACACACAUUGAGUACAGAAGAUAUUUCAAAUUGUUUUCAGUGAAAACAAGUCCUUCCAUAACAGUAACAGCUCCACCAAUUUCUUCUCUAAAUUUUUAUGCCUGCUUUUAGCAGCCAUGAAAUUGUCAUAAAAUUAAUGGAUUUAGAAAUGAAUAAAGAUUUAUAUAUUUGCUCUUUACAUAUAAAAACAUGCAGCUGAGUUCUUAGAGUUGAUUCCUCAAGUUACAAAAUACUUUUGUACUUAAUCCAUUUCUUGACUAGGGUGAUUGAAAUGGUCAAUGUUCUUUUGACUGAAGUCUGAAACUGGGCUCCUGCUAUAUCGUCUCUAUGAUUGAAUGUUAGAAACGAAGGGUUAUCUUUUACACAGAAUUGUGUGCAAUAUUCUUAAAUACUACUACUCUAAAGUUGGAGGAGUCUUUCAGUUAUCUUAGCAUUGUAUAAACAGCCUUAAGUACAGCCUAAGAAGAGAAUUCCUUUUUCUUCUUUAGUCUUUCUGCCAUUUUUUAUUUUCAGUUCUAUGUGCUGAAAUAAUUACUGGUAUAGGACUACAGGGUUGUGGAUUAUCUUCUGCAUGUGAUUUUUUUCUCCUGGCACUAAUAUAAAGCACAUCUCUCAGCGGCAUGGUGCCAGUGCUAGUGCUUCAUCCUGUUGCUGGCAGUGGGAUGUAGACUAAGAAAAUCCAGUUCUAGCAUUUUAAGAGGUUAGCGCUGAACUUGUACUUGCUAGGUUCACACCCUGCUUUAUAAACAGCUUCAAAAUGGCAGAAUCAUUGCUGACUUUAAGUUCACAUGAGGAAUGUGCUUUAACAAUUCCCAGUAAUAACUGUAGUGUGAAGUAAUUCCUCUUAAAGAUAAGGAUCACUGGCUUCUAUGUUCUUCUUUUCUCUCAUAAUCAUGUUCUUUCCCCCAGUUUCUUUACAUUUUAUUAAAUUGCUUUCAAGUUUGAUAUUUUUUUUCAGUUUUGAUCUGAGAUGAUUUUAUCAAAACUAAUUCACUCAGUACCCUUUCAUACGGUUUUAACUAGAAAAUCAUUACUUUUUUUCUUAAUCCAGGAUUAUAGACUACUUAUUACCUUAUUCAUAUUCAGUUUGGUUGCUUGAGUUUUCUUAAUUCAAAAAGUGUUAUUGACUAUGGGAGUCACCUCAACAUAGCAAAACCAUUUUUGAGAUGGUAAUGUAAUAGGUAGAAACAGCUCAAGAAUUCCUGAAAGAAAGAAAAGAAAGCUGGGUGGAGGAUUUGCUUUAGGUAUCACUGGAUUAGACUGACUUUAACUUGAGCUAAAACUGUUUUGAGUUGUUUAGAUAAUCAAAGGUUUCCAUUUUUAUCUUGAAAGAACUAGUGACAAAAUAUCCAAGCACACUAGGUUUAUGAUAGAGAAUUUGUAAGGUUUCGUGGAUCCACCCCCACCUUCCCGUGGCAGCAUACUGCUAAUGAAUUCCAUGUAUUUGGAUAUCGUGCCAGCCAUAUAGUCAAAUUUGUUUAAGGGGGGCAGAUGUGUGUUUACUUUAGAAGAAAUGAAAAAGACAAGAUUUAUGUGAAAUAUUUGAAGGCAGUACACUCUGACCAACUGUUAUCAGUUGGUAUUUCUGCAAGUCCAGAAUACUUUAAACCUGAUUUACUAGACCUGGGAAUUUUCAACAUGGUCUAAUUAUUUACUCAAAGACAUAGAUGCAAAAAAAAAAAAAAAAAAUUAGGCAACCUUCUAAUCCCUUUUCAUCAUGGAUGAAACUGAUUUAAGAAUAGUACUUGUAAUUGGAAAUCAGAGUUUGAAAUAAAACUUGGACCACUUUGCAUACACUCUUCUCACUUAACAUUUUAGCUACAUAAUAUGUACUUUGAGUAUAACAUCAUGUUUUAACAAAUAUUUAAUGACAAAAGUCACAUCAAUAAGAUACUAAAAGGCUCAUUUUUAUAUUUGUUUUAGAUGUUUUAAAUAGUUGCAAUGGCUUAAAAAUGACAAUUUAAAUUGUUGCUUGUAAUACAGUUUUGCCUGCUAAAUUCUCCACAUUUUGUAACCUGUUUUAUUUCUUUGGGUGUAAAGCGUUUUUGCUUAGUAUUGUGAUAAUGUAUAUGUUUUGUCCCAGUUGUAUAGUAAUGUUUCAGUCCAUCAUCCAGCUUUGGCUGCUGAAAUCAUACAGCUGUGAAGACUUGCCUUUGUUUCUGUUAGACUGCUUUUCAGUUCUGUAUUGAGUAUCUUAAGUACUGUAGAAAAGAUGUCACUUCUUCCUUUAAGGCUGUUUUGUAAUAUAUAUAAGGACUGGAAUUGUGUUUUUAAAGAAAAGCAUUCAAGUAUGACAAUAUACUAUCUGUGUUUUCACCAUUCAAAGUGCUGUUUAGUAGUUGAAAUUUAAACUAUUUAAUGUCAUUUAAUAAAGUGACCAAAAUGUGUUGUGCUCUUUAUUGCAUUUUCACAGCUUUGAAAAUCUGUGCACAUAUUGUUUCAUAGAAAAUGUAUAACUUUUGAUGUCCUGUUUAAUGGUGAUUCUUUUGCACAUUUAGUUGUUUAAUAUUGGGAGGUCAAGAAGUUUGGUUUUUGAAUAUGUUAUAUACUAAAUUCUGUAAAAGGAGAUCUCUAACCUCAAAAAGAAUUUACAUACCAGGAA